CCCACAUCCACACCGACACCGACACCCACACCCACAUCCACACCGACACCCACCCACACCCACACCCACACCCCCACCCCACACACACCCACACCCUCGGCACGGUUUUCUCUUUCAUUCUAUGUAAGAUUGAAUGGUAUUUUAUAUAAACAAGCCCAGUGGGCUUAUUUAGGCUCUUAUGCGCCCCCGUCCUUUAUACCUUUCCCACUAGGCUCUCUCCUACAAUAAUGAAAUGCACUACUCAGAAGUUGUUUAGAUGUACUUCCAGUUCUUUGCAUAACCAUAUCAAAAAGUUGAAAUUCACUUACAUGAUUGGUUUACAUAAUUUGCUUUGAAAGAAAGAAUCAGAGUCAGCAUACUCUCUUCGUUUUCUUUUAUGGUUAUCUGAUGAAUGGAUAACGACAAUAGCCGUCGAAAGAAAGACGAAAAAAAAAACAAUAAGACUAGCACAUUAAAUAUGAAUGAAGGAAGUUGUUGAUGAACACAUCAAUAUCGAACAUUUCGCAACCAUUAUUGAAAAAUCAAUUGUCCCCAUAAUAAGGACGACUUUUUUUGUUUUCAUAUCUCGCUUGUUUUGACUAGUAGCCGUCAUUUUCUCCUUGUUUUGGUUUCUGCUCCCCAUAAUUGCUCUCUCUCUCUCUCUCUCUCUUUCUGUAUGUCUAACUUGUUUUGAAUAAUAGCGUUAAUAGUUUCUCUGCUUCAGUUUUUUCUUUCCUCUCUGCUUUUUCUUCGCAUUUGCAACCUCCGAAUGUCACUCUUUUUCAUUCUUCUUGCUUUUCUCUGUACAUAUCUCGCUUGUUUUGACUAGUAGCAUUCAUUUUCUUCUUGUUUUGAUUUCUGCUUCAAAUAAUUACUCUCUCUCUCAAGCUGUUCCCUUGUUUUUUUUUGCGACGGUUCGGGAAGAUAUAUAUAGCCGUGCGCAUUCUUGUUUGCUCCUCAUACCAAUCCAAUUGAAAUACGAUUUCGAAGGUAGGUUAUAGACUGUUUGAUCUGUCAAUUUUUCCUGCAGUAAGUAGGUAAUCACAUAAAGUAAUGCUAUUCAGAAAAUAGGUUCUAACUGGGUUAUCGAAUAGCGAAUGAUAAUUACUCAGAUUUUCAUCGCAUGCACUCUCAAAAUGUAAGAACAUCGGACAGUAUUGAUCAGAUCUUCACUGACGAGCAGAGGUCACUGUGUCCAGAAUGUCUGAGACCCGAACCGAAUCUACUCUUGGUACCCUCAAUGAAAUUCUUUGGCAGGCCUUCGAUAGAGGCUUUGUAGUUCUGAGACACUUUUUUUUAUUUCCUAUGCUCUGUGAGUAAUACAAAGUACACAUUACUCAGACAAUGAACGUGGUGCUCUUACUUUAAGAAAAUCACCCACCGGAUCGUAUUCCGACUCCACCAAGACUUAGACGUAAAUAGAAAAAAGAACACGGGGAAACAGUUAAUCGACAAAGACAGAUCGGCAUCCAUAAAUGGUCAACAGGGAAUAUACAGUCCGCGAUCCGUCAAACAAAAAGCAUCCAGGACAGAUCAGUCCUUAGUAUCCUGAUCGGUACAUAGAGCAACACUCUCACCCUCACAUCCUUAAAACUCUAAACGAGAGGACAAGGAUAAAAAUGCUGAAUGAUGAGUAGAAGUACAUACAAUAAUAGUAGUAGAAGAUGUCGUCAUGGAAAAGAAUUUUUCAAUUUGAUAUGUAUCGGAAAUUGAUAGAGUUAUCUAACCCUAAAUGUACGACGAAAAGAAUAGUAGUUGAAAAAAAAUUCUCUAAAAAUGUAAAUCGGUUUUUGAAAAUUAUCUAAUCUCGUUCUUGGCACAGUAGUGACAUUACAUCGAUAUCUAACUGAAAUCUUUUUUGGCCUUCAAAUCCCUGUAGUCAUGUUAAAAUACUGCAUAGAGUAAAGAGAAAGAGACUUUUUUUUCUGUUACUGUGCAACUAGUUUAAAACAGUAUUCUGACUUGUUUUUGUUUUUGUCGAAUAAGUACCGGCAACAUAUAUAAUGAACAAACAUCGUCACUAAGAAAAAAAGAAGACGAGUCGAUAUUUGUAUUCCUACGUAUAGGAUGAAUUUUUUCGUGUUCAUUCACUUUCUUUCUUCUAAUGAAACAUAGAAAAAAUCGAACAAACGAGUAAGAUAAGUUUAUUCUUUGAAAAAAAAUGUAAAACAAGGUUGAUGUUGUUGAUUUAAGAAUAAUUUUGUUAGUAACAAAAUACCUGAAUACAUGAUACUUUUGAUCAUUUUAAAAAGAAAAGGUCGAAGAGAAAAGCAAAAUUGCAGUCUAGGAAAAUAAUAAUCGUAAUAGUUAUUACUUUCUUUCUGAAGGUUCUCAUUUCUCUUUAUUAAUAAAAGAAAAUUUCAGUUCAACAUCGAUAAAAAUAAGUUUUAAUGCAUCACUUUUUUUCUUAUUUUUUUGUUCUGUAUAAUAAAUGUAAACUUAUCAUUUUUCUUUAGAUGUCGUUUUUUAAAAAGAGACCAUCAGCUAGUGAAGGUGCCGCAGGUGGUGGUGACUCUUCAAUGUUUGGCGUAACACUUGGCCAAUUUAAAGAACUCAUGGAACUACGUGGAAAAGAAUUCGUGAAAAAACUUAAUUCAUCCGAUUAUAAUGGUGUUCAAGGUAUAUUAGAGAAAUUAAAAGUUGAUAGAAAUAUAGGACUCCAUUCAAAUAAUCAGCAAGAUCUUGAACAACGUCGUAUAGCUUAUGGAAAAAAUAUAAUACCACAGGAACCACAAUCAUUUUUAUCAUCUUUAACAUCACCCACGUAUGUACCUCAUCACAUGUUAUUAGUUAUUUUAUUAAUAUGUCCUUUUGUUUUAAUUGAUACCUCAUUUUCUAAAUCAUCUAAAGAAGAAGGAGAAAGUAGUAAAGAUGAACGUAAGUACUGUAUAACUAUGCCAUUUGACUAG